GCCGUGCUUUUCCGCUGUAGGAUUUUCAAUGAGAUGACGUCAUGCCGGCAACCAAUCAGCUGCUAGGGGUCGGUCUCUGUAGCUGGCCGUAGUAAGUUAUCAGCCUGAAUCCUCGUAGUCUGUGGUCAGGAAGCCAGAUGAGCGCACAGAGAAGUGUUUGCUCUCCGCGACCAGUCCAAUCCAAAAGCAGCUGAGAGGACGAAGAAGUGCGGUAUGCAGAAGCAAUGCUGACUGACCUGCACGCAGCCAUGGUACCGAAGCGCGAGCCGGCGAAGUUGGAGGAGCCCGAGCGCACGCAGGCGACGGCGUGUGAGUGCCAAAGGCAGUGCAACAACUGCAAAAUCUUUUUGAGUUUGUUCAUCCUCUCGCUCUCUCUCCACCUCGUCACGCUCUUCUGCUACCUGGACCUGCGCUCGGAGCUCAAACGAGAAAUAACCCAGAAAAACAAAGACGAGGUGUCAUCAGCGGGGCCAGUCCCGCACGAUGAAGCCGCAGCGCCAGUGCUCCGGUUACCGGACACCGACCACCCAACAACAGACGUCCAGAGCAGAUGGAGGGAUGAACACACAAGAGGAUUGGAGAGAGUCAUUCAUCGUACCAAACGUUCAGAAACUAAUGGAAAGAAGAAAGGAGAGAAGAAAAAAGGCAAGAAAGGACCCCCUGGUGCGCCUGGACCUCCAGGCCCACCUGGUCCUCCUGGAAUACCAGGGAUCCCGGGUAUCCCAGGCAAUAACGCAAUGGGACCCUCUGGCCCACCUGGACCUCCCGGACCCACAGGGCCACCGGGACCACAGGGACCUCCAGGAAGUGCAGAAAGAGUCAAGCACAGAGAGACACAGCCAGCUGUGGUGCAUCUUCAAGGUCAGGAAACUACCAUCCAGGUUAAAGAAGAUUUGUCAGAAGGUGUGUUGAAAAAUUGGAGAAUGAUCUCGAUCCAUCAGAGAGUGUUUAAAAUGCACUCACGCUCUGGAGAGCUGGAAGUCCUUCUUGACGGAACAUACUUUAUAUAUAGUCAGGUAGAAGUAUAUUACCUGAACUUCACGGACAUCGCGAGUUUUGAGGUGAUGGUUGACAAGACUCCAUUCUUGCGCUGCACGCGAAGCAUCGAGACCGGCCAGCGCAAGUUCAACACCUGCUACACCGCAGGGGUGUGUUUGUUGCGAGCCCGCCAGAGGAUCUCCAUCCGCAUGGUGUAUGAGGACACGUCUAUCUCCAUGAGCAACCACACCACCUUCCUCGGCAGCAUCCGUCUAGGGGACGCCCCGGCUGCUGGACACACCUGAGUCUAUCGGCGUACAGGUUGACCCGAUCAGACACACAGAUCACGCUGAUGAGGUCACAGACCACGCCCACUGAACUCGACUGAGCCAGUAUGCCUCAUUAGCCACGCCCCGAGGACACAGAGCCAACCAUUUAGGAUCAAACGGGCUCAUCUACAUAUCUGCCAAGCGUCAGGCAGAUGUGACAAUGUAGCAUCACCGACACUGACAAAAAGGUCCAAUUCUUUCUGAGCACUGAAACAGCCUCCAUCAUUCCUCAGACGUUAGCAACACAAUAUUUACCACAACUUAUCAAACUAAAUAAAUCAACUGACUGGUUUCCUAGAUGCAUUGUGUGUCAGCCAUUCUAGCAGCUUCCUCUGUUCUGGUUUGUGUGACAGGAUGAGCUCGACGCCCUUACAGCUGCUGUGUGUAUGCGGUGUCACUGCAUUGAUUGCAGUGACUGGAACUGCAAAAGGACUGAGAUACUCUAUUCAUUCAAUGCACCACAUGCUAGCUACCUGCUUGAUCCAUAACAGACACACACUUCAAUAGAUUCUACACCACAUAAACAGUCAACCUGUGUACUAUUUUAAUCAAGCACUGAUAAUGACAAUGUAUAAAACAGAAUAUCUAUGUUCAGUUAUCUCUGAUCUUUUACAAAUGCUGUCAAGAUCCCCAUGUUUAUUAUGAAGUCUGAAUAUUCUGAAUUCUGGUUUUAUGGUCCUUUGCUCUUUAUCUGUCAUUACCUGUGGGAAAGACUGAGUGUAUGCAAAUGAUGGCAGUAGUUCAGGCACUGAAAUGAAUGAUAUUUCGUAAUGAUUUGUCCUCUUCAACAUCAUCCUGAAUAUGCAAUGCAAUACCAUAUGCCUCCUGUAGGGGACAGUAGUGCUCCUCUAUAGCAAAUGUAGCAAUGAUAGGUUUGAUCAGAAGAGAUAGGCUGUGUUCGGAAUAGAAUACUGUUGUACUUAUUUUUGCUACAGUACAUAGUAUGCAUGCUGUAUACUAGUUUAUUGCCCUCGUAUAAUUCCAAACUCGUAAGACAUUAGUUAAUCAUCAGAACAUAAAUUACAUAUCUGUUCCUUGAACAGUUACGUUGCUGUAUAUGCAGGGUCAGAAAGCUCUCGGACUUCAUCAAAAAUAUCUUAGUUUGUGUUCCGAAGUUGAACGAAGGUUUUGUGGGUUUGGAACAAUUUAAUGACAGAAUUUUUAUUUAUAGGUAAACUACCCCUUUAAGUUUAAUUGAGCAAGAAUGCAGCAAAAGUGACAGUAAAGGCAUUUAUAACGUUACAAAAGAUUUAUAUUUCCAAUGAAUGCUUUUCUUUUGAACUUCCUAUUAUUCAUCAAAGAAUCCUUUAAAAAAUGUAUCAUGGUUUCCACAAAACUAUUACAAAAGCUACAUUGAUGAUAAUGGGUUUUUUUUCAGCCUAUUAGAAUGAUUCUGAAGGACCAUGUGACAAUGAAGACGAGUCAAAAUUCCACUUUGAAUAAAUCACAUUUUUAAAAAUAUAAUAAACUAGGAAAUGCUUAUUUUAAAGUGUUAUAUCUCAAAAUAUUUGUUUGUUCUUUAUCUUUGAUUAACUUCUCUCAACCCCAAACUUUUAAACAGUAGUGUAUACGCUGAACACUGUAUCCCACAAUGCAAAUUCCCACAGAUAUCCUCAUAAUUCGAUCUGAUAAACUGCACAGUAUACUACAGGAAGCAAUAGGCUAGUAUUCCAUUCCAAACAUUUGAGCCUGUCUUCCACUCCAGCACACUGCUAAAAAUCAGAGUGUCAUGAAUCAGCCUUGAGAUUUCUCCAGCGCCUGACUGACAGCUCUGGACUGUGGAUCUGAAUGGUUUGUGGAGAAAGACUGAAUUAUGCGAGUAUAGUUUAGUUAAUAGGAAUCAGAUCCUCUCAGUGGGAACAAACUGUUUUAUUGUGUGUUCAAAGGUCUUGGAAUAAAAAGAAGCAUGGGAAUUAUCUGGAACCUUCUGAAGAGAGUGUGUAACUGCCCUCAGGUUUCCUCGGCAUGUUCCCUCUCUCCACAUGGAAAUGUAAAAAAACCAGAAGAGUCUGAAUGUGAUUGUGUUCUGAUAGAUUUGUUGUUUUAUCUCUCUUUUUCUUCCCUUAAACAUCACAUCCGAUUGACAGCUUGUUUUAGUUUUUGUUUCUUGUGUGUGUGUGUGUGUGUGUUUUAGAUACAAGUGUUUUGUAGGCAAGUGAUUUGUAUACUGUAUGUAGUCCUGUUUUACUGAAGAUGAUGUAUAUUUGUAAACUAUACAGGGAAUGUAUAUAUGUACAAUAAGAUAUUUUGCUCUUUUGUAAAGUUCUUUGUCCUAUUAAAUUGUUUUUGAAA